AUGGAUUUCGUCCAUGAACUCAUCGCAUCCGCGGCAGCCAGACCAGGACUCACACUCGCCUCGGCCGCAACAUUCGCGGUCGUAGCUCAGUUCGCGAUCCGACUGUACAAGCAGCGUUGCUUCUUCAGGGGCCUGCCUGGUCCUCCUCACAGCUGGCUAUGGGGCCAUCUCCAGAUCAUGGGCGAGAUCUCCUCCAUGUUCCCACCAAACUCCCACCCGCAGGCGUACUUCACCGAGAUAUCCCGCAAGUACAGCUUAGAGGGCAUCUUCUACCUAGAUAUGUGGCCCGUCGCGCCCUCGAUGAUUGUCGUCUCGGAUCCCGAGUUGCUUGACCAGGUCACAGUGGUGAAGCCGCUUCCGCAGCACCAGAUGAGCGAGGACUUCCUGGCGCCGAUCACCGGUCGCAACGUUAUUGCGGCGACCAACGGGCCUGUGUGGAAGAAGCUUCACAAUGCUAUGCUUCCCGCGUUCUCGUGGUCCCACAUCCGCAGCGUCACGGGCGUCGUGGUUGACGAGUGCAUGUUGUUCCGCGAGGCGCUGGACAAGCUGGCCGCCAGCGGCGAGGCCUUCUCGAUGGAGGAGAUGGGAGCCAAGCUCAUCUUCGACGUCAUUGCCAGGAUCGUGUUCAAUACGUCGCUACACGCCCAGACUACGGGCAGUGCGUAUCUGGAUGACCUCAGGGAGCUGAUCCGUCUCGCAGAAGGACAGUCGGAUAUCACCCUCGCCUUCAACCCCAUUGCUCGGGUGAAGUCGUGGUGGAAGAUGCGCCAGGUCAACGGGAGGCUCAACACGUCCAUCAAAGGAAAGAUUCAAGAACGGCUGCAUCUUCUGCGCACGAGCGGUAUUGUCCCGUCCAGGAAGGAUCCGACUAGUAUCCUGGAUCUCAUGCUGCGAGAGCGGGUCCAGGACGGACAAGACGGCACAGCCAAAGAGAACACGCCAUUGGCAGCCAUUGAUGAACCGAUAUUGUUGAGCAACAUUAAAGGCCUUUUGCUCGGUGGCCACGGAACUACAAAUGACAGUCUCUGUUUCAUCUAUAUGUUGCUGUCAAAGUCCCCGGAGACCAUCACCAAGCUGCGAAAGGAGCAUGAAGCCUUGUUCAACGACAACUUUGAUCGCACCGUCGAGAAUCUCCUCAGCGCUCCUGAGAAUCUCCAGAACUUGCCAUUCACUGAGUCGGUAAUCAAGGAAUCACUGCGGCUGUUCCCCGUCGGGUUCGGGGUGCGAGGAGCCGCGACAGGUACCACGCUGAACUUCAGAGGACAAACGCUCCCUAUUGACAACAACCUCGCCCUCGCUCUCAACGGCCAUGACACGCACUAUAACCCAGAGUACUUCCCAGAGCCGACUAGGUUCCGACCUGAGCGGUGGCUGGAGCCGCAACACGAGAUCCCGCGAUCCUACUUCCGCACCUUUGGCCGCGGGCCGCGGGCGUGUCUGGGCCAGAACCUGGCGAUGAACGAGCUCAAGGUCAUCCUGAUAAUGACGAUCAGGGAUUACGACUUUGAGUGUGUGGAUCUGAGACCAAAUAGCAAGCCAAGGGUGACGUACACGGAUCUGGACACUGUCUUUGGCGAUAUGGUGUUCCAGGAGUUGGGGCUGGAGGCGAAGCCGAGAGGUAACGUGUGCAUGACUGUGAAGAAGCGCUAG